CGCUGCUGAGAUGGGAGCUGGCGGACUGGAUUAAAAAAGAGCAGAAAGUGGAGCUGUUAAAGCAAUUUAACGCCACUUUUAUCUGCCGGGACAAAAGAGGAUAUUGAGGGAACUUCCAGAGGAGCUUUCAACUUCAAGCCUGUACUUUUAAACAACCGAAAAGUGGGAUGUUGGGACUGGAUUAAGUAAUCCAGCUGAUCAUUUCUGAUUAUUAUUUUAAUUUGUCGUCAUGUCUCUUCUUCACGUGCUCCUGUGCGCGGGGGUCCUCUCCUUCCCCACGUGCGGGGCUUUCUUUAAAGGGCCCCUCCAUCCAGAGAUGUCGAACGGCACCUUCCAUCACUACUUCGUCCCGGAUGGGGACUACGAGGAGAACGACGACCCGGAGAAAUGCCAGAUGCUGUUCAAGAUGACCGACGAGAGGAAGUGCGGGCUGGCCGAGGACCAGGACGCCGUGAUCCGGGACGACUUCACCAUCAUCAAGCGGCAGAUCGAGGACUCGGCCCGCGUGCUCGAGGGCAUCGGGAAGAGCAUCUCCUACGACCUGGACGGGGAGGACGGCUACGGGAAGUACCUGCGCCGGGAGACGGCGCAGAUCUCCGAGGCGUUCAGCAACUCGGAGAAGUCGCUGCUGGAGCUGGAGGUGAAGUUCAAGCAGAGCCAGGAGAGCGAGCUGAAGGAGGAGCACCGGCUCGGCGACGACUUCCUCAGCAUGGUGAUGCACACCAGGGACGCCCUGAAGGAGACCCUGGACAUCUCCCUGGGCCUGAAGGACAGGCACGAGCUGCUGUCGCUCAUCAUCCGCAGCCACGGCACGAGGCUGAGCAGGCUGAAGAACGAGUACAUGAAGUUCUGAGCGGGAGCCGCACGUGGCUCUUCUCCCACUUCUUCUUUUCUUAAAUCUGGUUUUCAGGGUGAGGUGUGACUCAUCAGGGAGGAUCAGGAGGAGUCUGCUAUUCUAUCAGUCCGCUUUGGUUUUUGUUUGCAUAUCUCAGAGGUCUGAAACUUCCAGCUUUCAUCAGAACAAACAUUCAUGUCCCCCAGAUUGUUGCCAUAUAUGUUGUGAUUCCUGAUGAGACUCCUUCAUGUUAGUCCAGCCGGGGUUCAGCGUUUUCACUUUGGAGAAGAUGGGAGAUCAAACCUUCAGCUUUCAUCAGAACAGACAUUAAUGCUCCCCUAUCCUCUAAAAACACCUCACAACUCAUGAUUCUUUUAGUGUUUUUUUUUUAAUCAUAUAUGGUGUGGUUUGUGAAAAAAAAAUCUGAAUUUAUUCAUUUUUACAGCACUUUUUACGUGCUUCCUUUACUCAUGCUCUCCCAUUCAGCCAGAACAGCUGGCUUGCAGGGUGCUCAGCCGUCCUUUGGGAGUAAUUUGGGGUUCAGUGUUUUGCCCAUUUGCACAUAUGAACGGGGGAUGGGAGAUGGAACCUGCAACCUUGCCUCUAACUUUCGCCUCUCAACAAAUUCCAUUCGAUAUGUUGCUGAAUAUGAUAUUGUUUAUUCCAAAAAUACAUGAAAUCCCUGAUUCUAAAAUGCACUUUUGAAUCUUAAACCAAUACAUGAAUAAAUAUGCAAGAAAAAAUGACAACAAUUUUUUAGUUUUGGGGGAUGACUGUAUAGACGUGAUUUCACUUCAGUGUCAGAUGUGCAAUUUCAAAAUAAGAUUUUCUGUUGUAACAAAAUGAAAAGUUAAAGUUUAUUUGCAUGUGAUUUUUUUUUAAAAAUCUGUACAAAGCCUCUCCAGAGAGCACCGCUGCUUGCAGACCCCUAACAUUGUCAUCUCAUGGCACUUUACAUACAGAGCAAACUCUGCUGUGAUUUGUUUGGGACAGAAGAUGACGCAUUAAGAAAAUGACUGUUUAAGGAGCUCAAACUUCUCAGUUCAGAGAUUCCUGCAGGUAGAGUGGGGAGAGCGCAGACUGCAGGAGUGAAACAGAAUGUAACACUGACAUGAGAGCAUGUGAGAGUGAAAGAGGAGUUACUCAGUGCAGUGAAGAAUGUCUUCCCACUGUCUAAACAUAUCGCAGCUUGUCCAGGAAAAGGGCUCAUUGUGACUCGAGCCAGUCCUAAAAAUAAGCCUGAGUUUCAAAGUGGAGACUGUUCACUGAGAAAAAGAAUAUUUUUUUAAUGUAAAUCAGUCGCUCACGAUGCAUUCAGAGUUCAUUUACUCAAGUCUUGGUGUUUGUUUCAUUAAUUUUCUUAUGGUUGUAUCAUUAUCUGACUCAGGCACCGAAUACCCUAACCAUGUCCUUAAAUGAAGUUGUUUUCUAAAUUGUAUAAAUUUAAUGCGGUUUCCAUCGAUUUUAGUCUCCAAGAUGAAAACACUCGGAUGUAGUUUGUUCAGGGUGUUAAGUCUGACAGCAAUAUAUGAAGAAAAACAUCCUAAAAUGUCUCUCAAUAUAAUGCAUCAUAUUCUGCAAGCUUAUCCAGUAACAUAUCAACCUGCACAAAUUCAGUGUUCCGUCUCCAUUAGUAGAUGUCAUUUUAAAUAACAGCAUCGCAAUACUGGGAACAAGCCAGAAGAAUCAAUGUUAAAGCAUAAAGUAAGUAGAAAAGCCAGCCUCUUUUGGCUUGUCCUCCAAACUAAAUGCUAAAAAAGCAAAGUACUUCAUCACAUUGAUGCAAAGGAUCAUAUAUAUAUUUAAAAAAAAAAA